AUGUCCGUCGCUCCCCAAGAAUUCCAGUCCCAGCCAUACUACUAUCUUCCAUACCGCCCAGUCUCUUCCCAACGACAAUCUCAACAGGACAUUUCAUACUUUGACUUUAACAACCUCAACCACUCCCAAACUUUCGAUUCUGCCACCGCCGCCGCCAUGGCCGCUGCUGCCGCCGCCAACGCUCAGUCCCAGCAGGACGCCAGUGUCGCACAAGCUCUUGAGAUUGCCCGCGAGAGUCCUGAUGGCUCCUCGGAUCCCACCAUCAGCAAAAUACUCGAGGCUGCGCUGAAGCGAACCUGGGAAAAGGUGAUAAACCGUCCCGAUUCAUAUGUUAUGACGAGAGAUGAAUUCGCCGUCUUCAACUUUUUCCAGCAUCGCUUCACCGGCAACAAGACGGCAGUGAGCGCUCGAAAGCGAUACUGGGACAAUACCCACGCUUGA